AGGUGAGCGGCGGCCAAUGGGCGAGCGCGGGGCAGGUGCCCGCUAACUCGCGCCUCGCAGCGCCUUGUAGCCGAGACCCUGUAGGGCAGUGCUUGGAGAACCGGAGGCUGGGGUCGGUCCCGGUGGGACUUGGAGGGUGGGAGCUAGGCUCAGCCCUCCGGCCGUAGAGGCAGCACACAGCAUCGAACCGAGCCCUCGCUGGUGCCGGCGCCGGGAGCUGCUCGCUCCGCCGCAACAGCCGACGCGCCUGGCUGUGCGCGGUGGCCCGACACCGCGCUGGUUCGCUCACACACCCCUCGCCGCUCCGCGCCUGGCUCGCCCGCGGGGGCCGAGAGCUAGCGAGCGGGCGGGCGGGGGAGGUGAGGGGUACGGGUGUGUGUGCAUGUGCCUGGCUGGGUGCACACCCCGCACGGCGGCGGCGCCAGGACGCGGAGCGCUCCCCAGAGCCCGGCUGCCUAAGACAGCUCCGGCGGCUGCGACCAUGUUCCAGCCCGCGGCCAAGCGCGGCUUCACCAUAGAGUCCUUGGUAGCCAAGGACGGCGGCACCGGAGGGGGCACUGGCGGCGGGGGCGCGGGCUCCCAUCCCCUGGCGGCGGCCGCCUCAGAGGAACCGCUCCGGCCCACAGCGCUCAACUACCCUCACCCCAGCGCGGCCGAGGCGGCCUUCGUGAGUGGCUUCCCUGCUGCAGCCGCCGCGGGCGCCGGCCGCUCGUUGUACGGUGGGCCGGAGCUCGUGUUCCCCGAAGCCAUGAACCAUCCUGCGCUGACCAUGCACCCGGCGCACCAGCUGGGCGCCUCCCCACUGCAGCCCCCGCACUCUUUCUUCGGCGCCCAGCACCGGGACCCUCUCCACUUCUACCCCUGGGUCCUGCGGAACCGCUUCUUCGGCCACCGCUUCCAGGCGAGCGACGUGCCCCAGGACGGGCUGCUUCUGCACGGCCCCUUCGCGCGCAAGCCCAAGCGGAUCCGCACGGCCUUCUCGCCCUCGCAGCUGCUGCGGCUGGAGCGCGCCUUCGAGAAGAACCACUACGUGGUGGGCGCCGAGCGGAAGCAGCUGGCCGGCAGCCUUAGCCUCUCGGAGACGCAGGUGAAGGUGUGGUUCCAGAACCGGAGGACAAAGUACAAACGGCAGAAGCUGGAGGAGGAAGGGCCCGAGUCUGAGCAGAAGAAGAAGGGCUCCCAUCACAUCAACCGGUGGCGCAUCGCCACGAAGCAGGCCAACGGGGAGGACAUCGAUGUCACCUCCAAUGACUAGGGUGGGCAACCACAACCCAUGAGGGCAGAGUGCUGCUUGCUGCUGGUCAGGCCCCUGGGUGGGCCCAAGCUGGACUCUGGCUACUCCCUGGCCAGGCUUCAGGGAGGCCUGGAUCACGGCCCCACAGGGCUUGGAGCCUGGGGCCACCAAUGACAGAGGGACAAGAAAUGGACUGGCUGAGGCCUGGGACCCCUCGGCCUUCUCCUUGGAGAGCUUGCCUGCCUGGGUGGGCCGCCCAUCACUGCAGCCUCCCAGCCACUCUCCGUUUCUCUUAUCUCCUUUUUGUUUUGAUGCGUCCCUGUUUUAAUUUAUUUUCCAGGUACCUGCUGUAGUUCUUAGUGACCCCUUGUGUUUCCCUUUCCUAUGGGAUAAUAAAAGUCUCUCUUAAUGA